AUCUUUCAGUGGUGGGUGCAUUGUUGUUCAUUGGGUGGGUGUAAAGUUGUCGUUAACCUACCACAAUUCUGUGUAGCCUACACAACAAAUGGAAAAAAGUUGGAAGCUGUUAACUUUUGCAUUGGUCAAUCGGGUGGUCCUGCCACUCCGGCCUGGAUCUUAAAUAUGAAUUUCCUUUAGUCGUGAUGACGGAAGUAAUCUACUGAUCUCUAAGUAGCCUUCUGUCAGUCACUGAAGUUGACUGUCUCUCAUCCUAUUUUAAACUAUGGAAAACUAUCUCACUUUGUUUUUCAUAGGAGCUUGGACAGCUUUAUGUGUGUAUUUAUUUUACACCUACCUGUAUCGCUCAUAUAAACUAAAUAAAAGCGGCGUCGUUGUGUUUGACCGCCAACGGGAGAUUCCAAGUUUUGCAUACCUGCUGUAUAGAUUUACAAAAGCAGCCCUGCAUAGGAGACAGGGAAAGCUUUAUCCGAUCAAGGAUAGUGCCGAAAAAGUUACUUUUACCAUUUUUAAUUGCAGAUUUCAGUCCAAGCAUUUGAGGCGGUACUGCAGUGCGUUUGGGUAUGGUUGGGACUACCCAGACUCUACGUACAGAGACAUCCCGAUGUGCUAUCCAGAGGUUCUCUCCUUCCGGUUACUCACUAUGGUUGUAUGUGCUGAAAGAUUCAGGUUAAGCCCCUUGGGCCUUGUUCGUGUAGGCCAAACCCUGAGAACCUUCCAGCCGGUAGACGAGCUGAAGAAGGGUCCGUUCUCCCUGCAGGCUGGUGUGGUGGAGUACAGGGCGGUGGAGCGUGGUGUAGAGGUGGAUAUUAAGCUCUCUGCAGCCGACAGAGCUGACCUACCUGUGUGGGAAGCCAAUGUGACACUGCUCUCCAGAGACACCCAGCACAUAACGAGCAGGCAGCCUCCUGCCCAAGGGCUUCUGGACCCAGAGUCGGAGGAGGUGAAGGCGGUGGAGAUCUCCGUGCCCUGGUCCACCGGGCUGAGGUGUGCUUGGGCGUCCGGUGAUUACUCCCCCCAGCACCUCCUCCCUGUCACCGCCCGGCUGCUGGGCUGCAGGCGCCCCCUCGCUCCCAGCCUGUGGGUGCUGUCCAAAUGCCUGGCUGAAGUCGAAAAGCACAAAGGAGCUGAUGCUGUCCGAGCCCCAGUCUGCAUGCGUGUCUGGUUCAGCCAGCCAUUGUUCCUGCCUGGGAAGGCCGCUGUCAGGCUCUGGGAAACGGCCCCAGGGGCCCCAGGGGCCACGGGUCCCUCUCACAGACACUGCGCCUUUCAAAUGGAGGACAGCCUGGGAACGCCGUGCAUUGUGGGAGAAAUCGGCAGGUUGGAGCAGUAGCCUUAGUAGGCCUUCAGAUGAUCUCUACAACGUUAGGAGAAUCUGCCCCUUCCUCACCCCCUACUCGCCCCCUACUCAUCCCAUACUCAACCGCUACUCAGCCCAGCUCUUAGUCCAGGCACUGAUCACCUCCCGUCUGGACUGCUGCACCUCCCUGCUCACUCGCCACCCUGCCUCCCCCAUCAGGCCUACCUAUAUCAGCUCACAUCACAUGCACAACCCUGAUGCUAACCUACUGGCUGCUAAAGGGACAGGCUGGCUAUAUUGUCAAAAAGGUCCUCAGACCCUAAACACCUCUUCAGACUACACUGGCUCACCGCGUCUCUAAUGGUUUGUGAUCGUUGCUCACUUUAAAUUCACAGCUGUUGCCGAGUCACUCAGUCUGUUAAACCGCUGUGUUUGGGUGCCAUGUCAGGCUGUGUGGCCUGCUCUGAAACCCUCAUUGUGUGGGUGCUGUACGAGGCCUGCAGUAUGUAAUCAGCUGCAGGGAGGGUUUCGGUCCAUGGGCGUGUCCUUGUGUUCCUGUGCACCGCUGCCCCCCUGUGGUCAGAUUGUCCUCGCUGCGCGUGAGCAGAACUCCUCCAGUGGACCGAGCGGUAGUGAGCAGGGGAGUGACGUGGGAGUGUCUGGGGAGGUUGAAGACCAGACGAGCCGCAGCAUUCUCAUUCUCGCUGAAUUCUCAUUAAGUGUUAGCAUUCAGUUCCUUGGGAAAAGCUGCUAACAUAUCAGUUAGCUUUAAAUAAGCUUUUUUAUGUAUAGAAAGCUGAGGAAGUUGUUUUUUCCCUCAAGUUUAGUUCUGGAUUCCCACCCAUCGAUUUGAGUCAAUUUUCAGUAUAUGUAUUUCAUAAUCUGUAAGAUAAAUUGCACAUAUAUAAAUACUCAUAUUUUGAUUGAAAUAUAUUAAGCACACCAAAUUCACCUUACUUGUGUUCCUCUUUGCUCGGUUACUUCCGUAUUAAAUAUGUUCAGCCGUGCAGAAGAAAGGGUUGGUCAUCCCGUCAGAGAACCAGCACAUUAAUUCAGGCGUGCAAGAUCAGGGGUGUUCAGGGGUGAUUCAGGGGUGAUCAGGGGUGAUCAGGGGUGAUCAGGGGUGAUUCAGACGUCCGAGAUCAGGGGUGAUUCAGACGCAGGUAUAAAGAGGGAUAUUUAAGCAGCGUGCUGAUCUGGGUCCAUUGGGCGACUCUGUUAAGCAGUUCAGCGGUGUAUACAGCCACAUACCAUUCCCCCGCCUUUGUGUUUCUGGAAAGCCUUUUCUGAGCUCAAAUGCAUCGGUUUUGAGGUCUUGUCGUUACCAUGGCUACCUCUUCAGCCUGGUUUAUUUAUAGCUCUGUGUAGUAUUCUGCUACCGUGUGUGUGUGUGUGUCCACUGGCCUUCUGAAAGUAUGCCAUUUUAGUUUGGGACCUUUCUUUACAUAUUACUCCAUCAGUAUCAGCAUGUUGCAAGAAAUGUGUUCCUGUUUUUGAGUGAAUAAAUCAGACAGAUUGAUAAAAUGAGAACCCACUUUUGUUUUGAAUAAUUUUUAAAACCGCGGCAGUUAAAUUGAAAAACAAAUGAAUUAUUGACUGUGAUUUUUGCGAUAUGUGGCACAAGUCUGCCUUCAUCUGUGACAGGCUGUUAUGUAUCAUUAUGUCUCUAUCAUGCUUAUCAUGUGCCCUAACUGUGCUGCUUGUAUAUCUUGUGUCAGUAGCUUUUUGUUUGCUUUGGCCAGUGGGGAACUGAAA